GGGCACUGACAUAUGCUCUCUGUCUCACAGGUCCAUGGGGUUGGUGGUGUCCAGAGAAACCCAGCACAUGGGUGUGCCAUACUAUGUGGAUAAGAGUUUUGAGAACGAAUACCGCGGUGCUGCCCUGGAAGAGCUAGAGAAGACUAUUGAGAGCGACUAUAUUGACCAUCUACAGAGCAGCUGCUGGAAAGAGAAGCAACAGAAAUCUGAUCUAGCUAAUCUGGGCCAACUGUACCGAGACGAGCGGCUGAAGCAGAAGGCCGAGACCAUGAAGUUGGAUCACUGUGACAAGCUGCACCGCUUCAUGGGACGACAGAGAGGAGACUGAGGCUGCGUCGCCCUCCCAGACAGCAUGGUCUGCCUAAUCAAAAAGCUUUUAGUAUUGGUUAUAUAUUUCAAUUUACUUGGGUGGGUCACCUUUUUGGGAAGGAGAAAGGAAGGGAGAGAUGUGAAAUCGCAGGAACCCAAGCUGAUUUUCGCUUGAGCAUUUGUGCCUUUCAUCCAUGAAUGGGGUGAAGUCUGACGGCUUUUGUCUCAUCUGAUUCAGCUGCGAUGCACAACUGCGUGUGUGUGAGAGGUUAAUUUGUGCGAGCGCCUGGUAUAUAUUUUUCCUUACAUUAAGGAGCACCGACUCCAGGCUGGCCAACAGGAUUAAAGCUAGUGCUUGUCGUUUAUUAGUUGCAUUUAAGCUUUAUUGUUAAUAGGAAUUUAACUUAUUUAAUAACAUUUAAUUUAUUUUUUCUGAAUUUGUGCUGUGAAUUACAUUUGACAACAACUUUUAAUAGAAAGCUAAUUUUUUGUUUUUGGAAACAAACGGUUCUCAAAAACAGGGAUAUAGACCACUACAGCUUGUCAAAGCUCUCUGGACGUAGCGACUAAAAAAGCCCCUUGUGUACAUUAAAUUAGUUUUUUGGUCCUUUGUUACCGUGCUGUAUGUUUUGGACAUUUAAAGGUAUUGGGCAACUGUUUUUAAGCAAUGUCUUUUUUUGUGAAGAAGGUAAAAAUGUUCAGUGCACUGACAGAAAUGCUAAAUGCCAUUACCUCAGAUUUAUUAAUCUGCAGUGUUUGAUUUAUAUUUUGGCACUUUAUUUGUCUUAACUUCUCUUGUUAUUGCAUGCAUCCAUCCAUCCAUGCAUUCUUCCUGCCUUGUUAGUGUUUGAAGGUGUUACUGGCACAGUUUAAUAUCCGUAAUUAUAACUAGGCAAAUAACAGUUACUGAGCAUCUGUUUUGAACUACAAUUAAUGUUUUACCUCAUGUCACUGAACACUAAGUUCUAUAUAUAAUAUACUAUAUAAUAUAUCUUUAGCACAAAUUUGAGCAUGAAGGCUAAGAUGUUCAGAAGUGCUACAGGAAGCGUCCACUCAUUCGGGAUGAAAUGGAGAGUUGGAUGUGACGUGGAGUGUUUGUGCCAGUGCUGGUAUUCUGAUCUUGUUUUCAUGCAGUCCACAAAUUGCUGGAAGUUUUGUUUGGAUUGAGUGCGUUUUUGUGCUGCUUAAAUAAAACAU